AUGGGAAAACCAGAAGCACCACCACCUUCGUACGAUGAAGCUAUCAACACUCCAAUGACUCUCAGUGAAAACUUACCACAAGGUGCUCCAUUACCAGCAGGAAGACCAAGUCAAUCAUCAAGACCUACAAAUCAAUUCCAACCACCUCCUCAACCACCAAGACCAACUCAAUCACAGAGCUUCAACCAAGGACCACCACAAGGACAACAGCCAGACGUUCCUUGGAGAUAUCCCAAUGGAUUUUGGUGUCAUAAAUGUCACAACACUGGUAAAAAAUUAAAAAAUGGUAAAUCAUGUCAAAAUUGUUGGGAAAGAUUUGCUCCAAGGGCAAGAAGAGCUCCAAAUGUUCAUUUACAAACUGUUUAUAAUGGGUAUACACAAUCUUCAAAUUUAAAUUUUGGUGGAUUUCAAUUACCUUUUGGAUCAAAUAAUAAUUCAUUUAAUACUACAACUACAAGUUUUAACUCUCCGGGUCCACGUUAUGUCCAGCCUGGUGAUCCUGCUAUUGGAGGUGUCCAGUGUGGGAAGUGUAGAGGGAAGGGAAUGGUUAGAUUCUUUUUAGAUGAAGAGCAUUGGUGA